UUCCUGUAGCUGAGAUAUACUAUAUAUAGUUGUUAAUUUGCUGAAAUAAAGUAUGUGUAGCAGUUACAUUCUUCUUUGGCUAUUAACCAUUGGAUGCAAAACGAUUCUGAAAGGAAUAACCUAACAUAUGUCUUCAAGUUCGAAAUGAAAACUUAAAGUGUGCAUUUCUAUGACAAAAAAUAUCGGCUACAGUUAAAUAAGAGAACAAGCGUAACUUGAGCAGGUCCAUUUUUAUACCUAAGCGUAAAUCUACUAAUCGGACGACUGCUAGAUUUCUUCUAGUUGCAAUAUAACUAUGGAUUUAUCACCCGAUAAUAGAUCGAUUUAGCUAUUGCUAGUUACACACGCAGACGCAUCUAGUUAAAAGUCCCUUAUCCAACUAACGGGUGUCCCAUAAAGAAUGACCUUCUUAGUAUUUUCUCAAUAUCUUUUUGGAUUUUUAUUCUUUCGGGCUGAAUUUUGUUUUAAAAGAUUCAGUUUUCAAUUCUCUCCAAAACUGUGUACUUCUUUUUCUUGUCGACACAUUCAGUAUAUUUAUAGAUAAUGAAAAGUAAAGAUAUUCGAAACCUUGUACUUUCAAAGUGUGAAAAUGCUGAUGGUCCGACUAAAAUAUUUCAUGAUUUAAAUGGUGCCAUUAAUCUCAAAACAGUUAAACGAUGGUACGAAAUGAUCGUCGAGACUGACUCUGUCGAACCACCGUAUUCACCUGGUCGUCCACCUAUUGCUCGAACAAAAGGAAACAUUCAAAAAGUGAAAAGUCGAUUAAAGCGCAAGAAAAGAGUAUCAAUUCGAAAACUGUCGAUUGAACUCGAUAUUUCAAAAACAAGUGUUCAUCGAAUACUUAAAACUGAUCUAGGAUAUCGAGCCUAUAAGACAACGGUCGAACUAUUACUCACCGACGAUCGUAAGAUCAAAAGGAAAAAGUUUGCAAAUUGGAUACGAACAAAUUUUCAAAAAGAAGAAACAAUGCGAAUUCUUUUUUCGGACGAGAAAAUGUUCGAUAUUGAUGGUGUAUACAAUGCUCAAAAUGAUCGUGUAUGGGCACUUGAUCGUGCUGAAGCUGAUAAAAAGGAUGGUGUAACACCAUUGGUAAUUUUGAACAAAGGCACGGUAAAGCAUGCUCGUUAUAUUCAAGAAGUGCUGCCCGUGGCUCUUAAAUACGGAAAUCAAGUGUGUGGCGAUGACUGGAUAUUUCAACAAGAUGAAACAAGGCCACAUACACACGGUUUAACUCAACAAUGGUGCAAAGACAAUUUUCCUGCGUUUAUAGAUAAGGAUCAUUGGCCCCCAAAUAGGCCGGAUUUGAACCCUUUGGACUAUAUCAUUUGGGAUGAAUUUGUUCACGUUAUCAAUUGGAACAAAGUAAAAUCAAAAGCAACCCUAAUUCAAGAACUAAAACGUGCAGUAAAAAAACAUUCGAGAAGAAGUUGCAUUUGA